CCUGUUGUAAUAGUUCGCCUGUCACAUGCACAUCCAAGGAUUUGACAGGGCGCUAACUAUACAAUUAUUAUGGAAUUUGAAGUUCUUUGGAUUCUGAGUCUGACAAGGGCUAGUUGGAUGGAUGAUUUAGCUGUCAGAGAAUGGGAGAUUGACAGGCAAAUGAAGGAAAUACAAUGAAAUUCUUAUGAAGCUAAAUGCACUGAUCAUCUGCUGCAUUAACUCGGGGGUUUCUGUAUAAUAUUAAGAAACAUUGCAUGAAUUUCCAGAAUAUGUUCUAUGAGGUUCAUGGACCUUAUAGUUGUAGGUAGCAUUUGGUUCCGGUACAUUCGUAGGCAUAAGGCUUGGCGUCGGUAUUAUGCCUGCCAAACAUCUUUUGAGAAACAGUCAUGAGCAAGGAAUAAGCAAUGCCAAUCAAACUUUGCUUAUCACAAGCAUAAUUAUUUCAAGGGAGAGCUGACGCAUACUAUUUCUGGCAUAAGGGCAUCAUUCACAUGUGCCUCCUUUUUAUGGACUAAAAAUCCGUGAUGAGAAACUGGUUGACCUGUCACCUGGCAGCCUUUGCUGGCCGGGUUUGAGGAAACCCCAAAAAUCUGUAAAAACUGUUUGAUCCUAUGACUCGAACAGUUCAACUAUUCCAAUAGUCUACUUGAACCGGAUCUGGCCGGUAUGGGUCGACUAAAUAAGAGGAAAAAAGUCGACCAUGGUCGUUUAGGGUGGUGGAUAUGGUUGCUUGAUGAUGGCCGGAUCCAGGCAGAGUAAAGGGGCUUGGGUAGAUCUCAUGGUGGAACCGAAGAUCUGCGAUCAUAUCUGGUGUGUACCAGAGUCGUCGGAUAUAGUGGAAGCUAGGUGAUGUGACGAGAUCUUAUGGUAGCAUAGUCGAUGUGAUAAGAUCUUGUGAUGGCUGAGGUGAGAGGACAUGGUCACGUGGGAGGUAAAUUGAGGGGGGAGCCAGGGUGCUGAGGCAGCGAAACCUAGUAGGAAGUGAGGCUGGGCAGCAGCGGGAUCUGGUAGGGGGCAGGUGGAAGUUGUGAGACCUGCUCUCUUUCGACCGGUCUGAGUCAAGAAAGACGUCAGCCGUUUGGUAGCAGGCCAGACUAAUAGAAGGGGCUGGUGAACACCUGCUGUUCUGGAAGCCACGGUCCACUCUAAUUCGACUAAAUCCGAGUCAAGGAAGACGUCAGCCGGUUGGUAGCCACACCAAUAGUAGGUGGAGAUGAGAGACGGCAGAUAGGAAUGAGCAACUGCAACUAACAGCAGCAGAUGAGAAGGGCCCAGAAACUGCAACAUUGAAGCUGUUUGGAAUUUCCUUCUCUCACUUCUCAAGGCUAAGGCUUUGGAUCGAGGUGGUGUAGAUGGGUAGAUGAAGUUCUUCGCUCAAGUAGAGCUGCAUCCAUUAUCAAUGGAGAACCAUCCAACUGCAUCAUGACUGAGUGCGGACUCAAACAAGAAGAUCGUUUGUCGCUCCAACAAAUCUUGAUCGUUGACGUAUUGGACCGUCUCCUCAGAAUGGCAGGUAGAAAUAUCAUAAUUGAAGGAAUCAGCCCAAAAGAACUUAUAGGAGACAUCUAUUAUAUCCAAUAUGCUGAUGAUAUUUUAAUUGUCUACAAUUCAACCAGGAAGAAUGCCUCAAACUUUAGGUUCAUCCUGUAUUCUUUUGAGCUGCUUGCUGGUCUUAAAAUUGACCUUGACAAGAGCAUACUGAUAGUUGGAAUUUCUGAAGUUUGGACACAAGCCUUUGCCAAGCACUUAGCAAUGUGCCUUGAUUGGUGCAGUGCGAAAACUUAAGAACGGAGAAUUAAGCUUGGAAGACCCAUCUGCCUACUGAAGCAAAGAGAAAAGUAUGGUAAGACCACCCCUUUGCACGCUCCCCUCGUCAUCGCAUCAAAAUAAUUUUCAAUCCUUUCUUUGGAUCCGAUGAAGUCGGACAUACUGAGGGCAAGGCAUAUCAGGUCCAGUGGAACAACCCUUGCAAGAAUAUUGUUCCCUCCUUUUUAAGAAAAGAAGUCACCCGUCCACUUCAAUCUCUUUAUAAUAGACCAAAGGCAAGGGAAAACCCACCCACUCUGGAACCAAAGGAAAGAUAAUGGCGUUUGUAGUGGAGCCAGCCUUCAUCCAAGCUCCCGAGCACCGGCCCAAACCCACCAUCACGGAGGCGGCCGGUGGCAUCCCACUGAUCGACCUCUCCCCACUCCUCCACUACCCCAUCCCGGUCGAUGGUGGUGCCGCUCCGCCGGCCGUCUCCGCUAUGGUGGCGGAGGUGGAGGCGGCGUGCCGGGAGUGGGGGUUCUUCCAGGUGAUCAACCACGGGGUUCCUUCAGAGCUUCUCGACAACAUCAUGGCAGCGGCCAAGGGAUUCUUCGCGCUGCCGAUGGAGGAAAAGCGGCAGGUGAAGAGGGAUAAGGCGAAACUGCUCGGGUACGACGACACGGAGCACACCAAGAAUGUAAGGGACUGGAAGGAGGUGUUCGACUUCAUCUUCCAGGACCCUGCGGGGUUCGCCGAGCCCGGGACUGAUGAGUACUACGCGUUUAAGAACCAGUGGCCAAAAUAUCCUCCAAGCUUUAAGGAGGCCUGUGAGACAUAUGCCACAGCUGCAAAUGAGCUAGCUUUUAAGCUGCUAGAGCUCAUAGCGUUGACCUUGGGCUUACCAGCUAAGCGAUUGAAUGGGUUCUUUAAAGAUCAAUCGAGCUUCAUGCGUCUCAAUUACUACCCUCCAUGUCCCUCCCCUCAUCUUGCCCUAGGUCUCAACCGACACAAGGAUGCUGGAGUCCUCACCAUCUUGGCUCAAGAUGAUGUCGAAGGGCUUGAUGUCAAGAGGCGGUCUGAUGGCGAGUGGAUCCGUGUUAAGCCAAUUCCCAACUCUUAUGUCAUCAAUGUUGGUGACAUUGUUCAGGUCUGGAGCAAUGAUAAGUAUGAGAGUGCAGAGCAUAGGGUGUGUGUGAAUUCAGAGAAAGCGAGGUGCUCCGUUCCUUUCUUCUUCAAUCCAGCACAUUAUGUGACAGUGCAGCCAUUAGAAGAGCUUAUAGAUGAAAAGAAUAGCCCAGCAAAGUACAAUGCAUACAAUUGGGGGGAGUUCUUUAAGACGAGGAAAAAUAGCAACUUUAAGAAGCCAGGAGGGGAAAACAUCCAAAUUUAUCAUUUCAAGAAGGCAGAAUGAGUUGCUCAAAAGUCUUGAUACAAAGAGGAUUAUUAAAUAAGCUGUUCAAUGGAGUGUUAUAUUGAUAUAAAACCUGCUGAAUGUUCCAUAUCAUGUCUCGUUUGUGCUGUGUUAGCUAGAAAGCAUGUAAAGUAUUAUGAUGCUUUAAGAUAUGAAUGGGUCUGCCUUCCUAGCGUCUACUUGAGAUGCCAAUUUAAUAGAUCAUUUUAUUG